AUGCUUCGACUCCUGCUCUGCCUCGCCGCCUUCCUCCCGGCCAUCUUGGCCCAAGGUACUCUCAUCAAUAAUUUUUGGCACUUUUGGUACUGGUACGAAUGGUACUUCAUAACGGAGGUUGGCGGAGGAUCGCUGGACACCUUCGAUGAUGUGCUCGCGGCGGUGCGGGCUGGCCAUAGUAUCACUGGCAAUUUCGACUCCAGCUUGUGUGAAGAGUCUUCCGUUGAGGAACCUACCGAGAUGUCGAAAUUCUCUUCUCUCUUUUUAAGUACACCAGUGACAUCGUACGAUGAUCUGAUGACGGCAUUGACGGAGGGACGUCAAUUGAUGAUCACUGCAGUAGCAACUGACUGUGAACAUUCUCUACCGCCCGAAGUCGUACUCGCUGAGGGUGGAUCAAAUUAUUAUCAGUACUACGUCGUCUCAGACGGGUCUGGAGGGGAGGUGCUCAUAUUGGAAUGGCCAACCUUGUCCCUCAGCGAAAAUGAGGGUGAGACGGUUUAUAUGGUGACCAGGGUCAUCGUUUCUCAGAGUGGAUCGACAUUUAUCACUGCCAAUGCCUUCAAUACGCUGACUUGGGUGGAUGAAUAUCCUUAUCCGGAAGGAUUUCAGUGCAACCUCGGGGAAAACGUCAACAUAUAUUAUGCCUCAGAUGACGCAAUCGAAACGUUUGGAUCUUACGCUGAAGUGGAGGCUGCCUUCAUGGAGGGGAAGGAUCUUCAGGCCACGGUGGAUGUCACCUCGUGCACCGGCACUUUUCCAGAAGGAGUCCUGGCUGCUGGAGCCAAGGUGCUCGCAUGGGUUGAUGAAGAGGAGGGAGAUAUGGCUGGAAUUCACUUCUCACAAUCCAUUGCUAACCUCGCUGGGGAUGUAGUCAUACAAGAGUUCCUCUUGGGCGAGGACGGUACGCUGCAGAUUGUGGCCACUGCGUUCAAUCCAGUCGAUCCAGGAGACGUCCCAGAUGUAGACGCGUUUGCAUGUGACAUCGGUGUAGGGGUCACCUUCACUGCUCCUGCCUAUAAUCGCGUGGAGUUGACGAGCUACGCAUCGGUGGUGGAUGGCCAACUGAGUGGAUCGAAACUCUCGGCCCAGAUCGACUUCAGUCAAUGCGUGGAUCCAACUGGCCAACUCGACCUCUCCGGUCUCUCGGCGGGCGCAUACUUCCAAGAUGUUACAGUACUUGGCAUUGGCACUCCCGAAGAGAGGAUCUUUGGAUCCGCAUUCGGUGCACACAGUGAUCCCAUCAGCGGCGUUGCUUACGAAACCUUCGGAGCGACUAUUGAUACAAGCAACAAUGUCCUCGUUUACCCAGGCUACUGGCGGUUUAAUGAGAAUGGUGAAUGGGGCAACGACUUUGGCGACGCUGUUUUGGAAUGCACCCUCGGUGAAGGUCUUAAGAUCUUCGGGGAGGCAUGAGAGGCAAAUAAAAUCUGAUUAAUUGAUUACUGUAUCCAUCCAUCACAACAGUUUCGAGCCUUUGAGUAUAACAUUACUGCAUCCAAGCUGGAUGGAAAUAGAAGCUUUAUGGCCUUGACUAUAUACUAGAUAUUGCCAUAAAUCCAUGCUAUUCAACUUUUCAAAGGUCCAUGAUAACUUUUUUUUUCCUCCUUACAUGUUUGAUUUUUUUUUAAAGACUACUCUUACAUUCUUUGAUGUGGUAAGAAAUUGAUUAUGUAUAGUGAGAAUGUCGCAUUCCAAUUUUCUCUGUUGGUACAAUCAAAUAGCUGCCAGUCGGUGGAUAGGUGAGUAGGGAGGGAACCAUCGAAUGGCCGGUAUCUAUUCCAGAGUUCACCACACUUAGCUUAUUUUUAUGGAAUUAUUUGAAAGGAAAAGUACAUGGUCAGUGAAACUAGUGGCAGUAAACCUGCUGUAAACAGGAAGAAACGAAUCCCUUUAUUGUCUUGGAACGAGUCACCAUGUUCUUCAGAGUCGAUCGCUGUCACAUUAAAAAAAAACUCCACAAGUCUCACGUGACCUGUGAAUAAUCUUGGAACCUGAUCAUGUGAAUAAAGCGUGGUUCCAACAUA